UUACUUAAAUUUUCUAUACAUUAACGGAAACGUAAAAAACAACAAUGAAGUUGUUGAAGACCCUCUUUUGUGUGGUCUUGAUAAUGGCUUUGGCCAUUACUACUCUGUCAGGAACAUCCUUAGAUUGGAAUGAAGAGGUAAAGUCUCUUCGGGGAACAAGCCGGUUCCUUUCCGAGAAUGGAAGGGUGGCAUUGACAUGUGAAAAGAAUCCGAAGAUAUGUGUUGUUAAAGGUAGUGCAGGGCCUGAUUGCUGCAACAACAAGUGUGUGAAAUUUUCGACAGAUCGACUCAACUGUGGGAGGUGUGGAAAGAAAUGCAGUUUCGGAAAGAUAUGUUGCGAAGGGAAGUGCGUCAACCCUAACACUAACAAGAAGCAUUGCGGCAAAUGUGGCAACAAGUGCAACACCAAAGGUUCUUGUGUUUUGGGGAUGUGCAACUAUGCAUAGAGUUUACAACACUCAAACAUUAUUAUUAUUCUUUGCAAUGGUUAUCUGCUUGGUUUUUACCAAUUAUAUAUAUUUCUUGAAUAUCCUUAUUAUUGUUUUCAAAAUAGUUUGUAAUUGGUGAAACUAUUAUGUAUGUUCUUUAUUUUUUAUUGAA